AAACCCCAAAACAGAAGCAGUAGUAGCAUUACUCAUUAGGGUUUUAUAGAAAGAAAGAGAGAAAAGAAGAAAGGGAGAGGAAGAAGAGGCAUCAUUCAUGGAGCAAUUACCCUCGGGUGGGAAUGGGAAUGGGAAUGGGAAUGGGAAUGGGAAUGUGAAUGGGAUUGGGAUUGGGAGUAUGAAUAACAGUAAGAGGAAGAAGAGUGGUACAAGAAGGCUGGCGAGCCCUCAGGAGCUGGUAGCACACUACGAGAAACAGGGGAUGGAUACACAAGAGGCAUCACUCAAAGUGAUACAGGAAUUGCAGGGUGCUGUUUUCAAGAUGAUGACCUCCGACCGCAGCCGCAACCGCAGCACCGCCAACAACUCCCCUGAGGUGGUGACAUCUGCCAAGCUGGACGCAAUACACGCUCGUCUCCUCCAGCUUGAAAUGAAGAUUGAUUCUAAGCCCAGUUACCCUCAGGCUCUCGCUCUCGGUGUCGCUUCUUCCGGCAUCUUUACUGCUGCUCUCCAACUCUGGAAUUCCGUUCGCCAAUCCACCUCCUCCUCCUCCAACUCUUCUUAGUCUCUCUCUCACUACUCUUCUUUUUUUUCUUUUUUUUUUUUUUUUUUUAGCUGCCUGUAUCUAUUUUCUUCAUCAUCAUUUAUCAUAAGAAUGGCAUUAUAAGACUGAAAGGCUUGCCUUUUUCAACUGAUAAUUCAAAUUUGUGUCAAGUUAUGGUA